UACAGCAGCCCGUGCGAGGCUGUCCUGGAGACCCCGCGCUGCCUGCACCUCUAUCGUCUCGGUUGUCAUGGAUGAUGAAGAUGGCAGGUGCCUUCUAGAUGUAAUUUGUGACCCAGAAGCUCUCAAUGACUUUCUUCAUGGAUCUGAGACCCAUGGCCAUGUUCCAGAGGUCCAGCCUGCAGUCCAGUUGUCGGCCAAUGAGCCAGCAGGCCUACCCAGAGUCAGUGUUGACCUGGACUUCCUGGAGGAUGAUGACAUCUUGGGAGGUUCCCCGGGUGGUGAAGGUGGGAGCAAUGGGAUUGGGACAAAUCACGAGCCAUGUGACAUCCUGCAGCAGAGUUUGGCUGAAGCCAACAUCACAGAGCAAAGCUUACAGGAGGCAGAGGCUGAGCUGGACCUGGGCUCCUUUGGCAUUCCUGGCCUUACACAGGUGGUACAGACACUGCCUGAUGCCAGCCUCUCUGGGGCUGGAGGCACUGCCGUUGGUGUAGGCGUUGGUGUUGGGGGAGCAGCAGCAAUUUUCCCUGGGUCAGCCCCGAGCACCACGGCUACUCCUCACAAUGCCACAGCUGACAUGCUGGGCUCUGUGCUUGCUCAGCAGGGCCUUCAACUCCAACCCCAGGUCAUGAACAAGACCAUUAGUGUUCAGCCAUUUAUGCAGCCCAUGGGCCUGGGAAAUGUGACUCUUCAACCCAUUUCAAGUCUCCAAACCCUUCCUAAUGGGAGUCAGUCUGGACAUUUGGGUAUCGGACAGAUUCAGGUUGUGGGUCAACCUACAGUCAUGACUAUCAAUCAGUCUGGGCAGCCAAUCCUGGCUAAAGCCAUGGGUGGUUACCAGCUGCACCAGUCUGGGCCAGAGGUAUCAGGUGCUGGUUCUCAGGCGGGAAUUGGAGGCUCAGGGGGUGGACUUCUGAUCCAAGGUAACAAAGCCACUUUGGGAUCUCCAGCUUUAAAUGGACCGGCUGUUUGUGUCAGCAGCACAAACAGCAGCAGUGGCGGUACAAUGACUGCUCCUGCUGGGCUUCUUGGCUUUGGCAGCACCACUCUAAGUUCAGGAAUGGGACCCCAGGUGCAAACUCAAGGGCAAAUAAUGCAGAACGUGAUCAUCCAGCGCACACCAACACCCAUUCAGCCUAAACCCCCUCAGGGGGGAGCCAUCCAGCCAAAACUCUUCAAACAGCAGCAGCAGCACCCACAGCCAGCACCCCAACCGUUGCAAAACGAUGCCCACAAGGCUUUAGGACUGCAACAAAUUCCAGUUUCUGCUGCUCAGAAUGUAGCCUUCCUGACAGGAAAGCCAGGCUCAAAUGUUGUCCUAAGUACUCAAGCAACAACACAAGGCCAACAGUUUCAGCAAACCAUAUUCAAGCAACAAGCAGCACAACCAUCUGGCAAGCCCCUCAGUGUACACUUGUUAAACCAACAAGGCAGCAUCGUUAUUCCCUCUCAGACAGUUCUGCAAGGUCAGAAUCACCAGUUUCUCCUGCCACAGCUACAGGCAGGUGGGCAGAUCCUGACCCAGCACCCUGGUGGGCACAUCAUAACUAGUCAGGGACCUGGUGGACAGCUCAUCGCAAACCAGAUUUUAACUGCAAACCAGAACAUCAACUUGGGUCAAAUGUUGACUUCACAGGGCCAUCCUGGAGCUGCCCACAUCCUAUCUGGAUCCAUUCAGCUCCAACCUGGCCAGAUGGGCACACCCACCCUCUUUCAGAUGCCGGUCUCAUUGGCCCAGAGUCAAAGCCAGACACAGACCCACACUGUCUCAGGUCAUGCCCAGACAGUCAUACAGGGCAUGCCGAUCCAGAACUCCCUUACCAUGCUUAGCCAGGUGGAGGGGCUGAGUCCUGCGGUCAGCCUUCAGCCAGCCCUGCAACCUCAGCUCGGUGGUGUUCCCAGCAGCAGCAGCAGCAGCACAGGAGCUGCAACCAUGGCUCAAGGCCAGCCUGGAGAGUGUGUUACUGUGCUGGGUAGCUCCACAGACCAGGCUGCUCAUCCCACUCAGCAGCAUGCAGCGCAAUCCUCUAUCCUCGCCAUGCAACCAGGUUCCUCUGUGUCCACUAUUACCACAGUACCCUCUUCUUCUCCGUCCAUGUCUGUGUCCACCUCUUCCUCUGUCACAGCAGUGGGGCUGGUCCCCCAUCAGGCUCAGCACAGUCCAGGGAGGUUACUGUUCACCAACCAGGGCUCCAGUAUGAUCCUGAGCCAGGAGUCUCUGCAGAUGUUCUUGCAACAGGAGCAGCACCACCAAUCAGAGAAUGAGUCAACCCCCUCUGUGGGCGUACCUGCGUCUGUAAUCGUCAGCAGCAACAGCGUCACUGCUCCGGUUCCUGCUGUCCAUGACAGCCAAUUAACUGACUCUUGGGUGGGUCAGUGCCACAGCCCUCCCCCUGGCCCCUCCCACAUGACAGCUGUGGUAAAGCAGGUACCCAGUGGACAUCAGCAGUCACUGAAGAUCCAAGGCAUGUCACCGGCAUUGUCCGCUCAUGCCACGUUACCCUUGGUGGCAGACAGCCCCCAGCCUUUCCAGUCUCCUCUCACUUUGACCCAGCAGAUCCAGUCACCGCACCAUCAACAGCAUCCUCGUCCACCCUCUCAGCCUCAGCCGCAGUCUCAAACUCCCUCCCGCUCAUGCACACCCUCAAAUCAUCCUCAGCUCUUUAUUGUACAUAACCAGAUGGCAGAGUCCCCCCAAACCGCUCAGCAAGGCCAGCCGCAGCAGACACACAUUCAAGUUCAGCUUCAGCCUCAGCCACGACCGGCCUCACAGCCUGCCACUUAUCAACAAGAUAUGCCUCCCAUGUCACAGUCGCCCAAGCCUCCUCCUACACCACCUGCACAGCACCAGUUUACCGUUAUUCCUAUCAGCACUUCUGCCACUGCUGCAGUUAAAGCCCAGGUUCCCAUCCAGGGCCUGACAGCAGAGCAGCAGCACCACCUGCAAUUAAUAGGAGCGCAACUUCAGACCCUGUCAACCAUCACCCAGCCCUCACUUCAGCAGAAACAGCUGCUGGAGAAGCUACACCAGGUUCAGCAUAACAUCCUGCUGCAGGCCAAGCAGUCGACUCAGCCUCAAGUCACCAGUCAGUUCAGCUCCCAGCAAGACGUGCCUGUUGAUAAAGUGGUGAUUGCACCAUCGGCCAACACUGGUCCACCUGCUCAGCUUCUCUCGGUGCUGCAGCCAACACCGAUGCUCGUCAAAACACCUGUUACAGCAUCAAGUGACUUACAGGUAUUCUCAGGAGCCCAAGGGCCAGCUGGAGCAAUGCUGAAUCAGACUGUCAUUCCUGCCAGCCUUACCCAGCCUGUACAGGUUCAGCCAAAGCCAGGGGUGAUCAGCUCAGUUGGAGGGAUAACUCUGGGGAAAGGAAUGCAAAUACAGGUGUUAGGAGCUAGUCUUACUCAAAUGCCUGCUCCACAGCCUCCAGUUCCAGUCCAAACUCAGACAACAACAAUGAAGAUGCCUUUCAGUGCAGAGCCCAGCAAAGAGGCCAGGAUGCUAGAACAGCUGAGGAAACAGCAGGGUUCAGUGCUUCACCCAAACUACAGUGCACCUUUCCACUCUGUUGAGGACACACUGCACAGACUGCUGCCUUACCAUCUCUACCAGGGAACUGCCAACUCUUCUCAAGACUAUCAAAGAGUGGAUGAUGAAUUUGAGACUGUCUCCAGCCAUCUGUUGAAAAGGACCCAGGCCAUGCUGGAUAAGUAUCGCUACCUGCUCUUUGCCGAGUCAAAAGUGUUUAAACCUGAGCAGAGACUUGGCCCCUCGGCAGAGAUGGUGAUGAUAGACCGGAUGUUCAUUCAGGAGGAGAAGAUUGCGUUGAGUCAGGACAGGAUUUUGGCCAAGGAGAGACCAGAGGAGUUUGUGGCAAACGCACGCAUGUUGGGGAGUGGAGUUUCAUCUCAACAUACAUCUUCUUCUGAGGCCACGUCUUUCAGUGGAGGUGUACCGGCUGCUGUCCCUGCUCCACCACCUGCCGCUCCUGCCCCAGCCCCUCUCCCAAACAUUGCCCCAAAUCCUCCUUCUGCACCCGCCCCUGCUCUAGUUCCUGCCCCAGCUCCAGCACCUCCUUCCACCAACCCUUUCCCCCCUACCAAAUUAGUAAUAAAGCAGGGUGGGGGCGGAGCCUCUGUGUCCUGGUCCAGCAGCUGUCCUCCAGCUGCAGCGAGCAGGCUGGCUGAACCCACCAGCCAGAGUUCCUCCUUCAGUCGCGCUCCAACAGCAUCCUCCUCCUCCUCUUCGUCCUUCAACUCUACGGCAGCCGAUGAUGACGACGCUCUCCCACAAAGAACCAGCAAACCGCCUAUGAAGACCUACGAGGCUCGCAGGAGAAUUGGCUUGAAGCUGAAAAUCAAACAAGAUCAAACAGGGUUCAGUAAGGUGGUCCACAACACUGCCUUAGACCCAGUGCACACACCACAACCUCAGCAGAGCAGCCAGUCCAUACCCCAGCCUAAGACUCAGCCCCAGUUUGAAACUGCUGUACCGCACCCAAAGUCCCAACCUUUAUCAACCCCUCCUUCUACAGUCAUCAGAACUCAGUCUCCUGUAUGCACUGCUUCUUCUGCCUCAUCGGUCACCACAACAACCACUCAGUGUAACCCACCACUGAGAGGUAAUGUUGCCCCCAAUGCAGCCCCAUCUUCCUCUACCUCUUCCUCCCGCACAUGGUCAUUGUCCACCUCCUCCUCUACUCAAAUGAAUGGGACAUUGGAUCACAGCAACGUGGGUAGGGUCAAACACAACUCUGCCUCCACUGCCACUCCCUCACAGACAACGUGCCGUCUCCCCCUUCGAAAAACCUACCGGGAAAACAUAAGUCCCCGGGUGAGACCUGGUGUCCCAGGGGGAGGAGACGAAAGUUUGUCCUACCCGAGACCCACGCCGUCACCCCCCAGGCAGGAGGCCUCCCCCUCUCCCCCCUCAGAGCGGACAGUUAUAGCCAGUGUGAAGGUGGAGAAAAGAGGAAGGGAGGCCUCACACACUCACGCAGAGUCAAGCCACGAAACGUGCCGAUUGGGGAGUGCAAUGCAGGGGCUGGACGAAAUGGACGAGGUGUUUAACCGUGGUAUCAAAACUGCACAACACCAUCAUCAUGUCCCACAGCUCCUAGACAGGGAAGGGGCAAAGGAGAGAGGGGAGGAGCACACAGACUUAGAAACAGACGUAAGUAAAUACAAGAGGGUGAGUGGGAAAAAUAGACAUAGGGCAGGUGGGACAUUCAGAAUGGACCCUGGGCCUCCCUCUCCGGAGUCCUCCUUCACACGAGACUCUUUGCUUCCCGCGAAACGCUGCAAGUCAGACUCUCCCGACAUGGAUAACGCCAGCUUCUCCAGCGGCAGCCCUCCGGAUGACUCUCUAAACGAGCACCUGCAGUGUGCCAUUGAUAGCAUCCUAAACCUGCAGCAGGAGCCCUCUGCCCGCGGGCACCACAUUAAAGGGGGCAACAGCAGGUCACACCAAAGCCAGCGCCCAGGGGGCUCGGCAGCAUCAUCCCACAGACCCUCAGUACCAUCCUCCUCCUCUGCUUCCUCAUCCUCCUCCUUGGCCCAGCACCCUCAGGUCGGUGGCCGUGGCCACAAUGGCAGCCUGGUUCCUCAGACUCAAAGCAGAUAACAGCCCCUCAGCCCCAGGCCUGACUGACAUGGGGGAACUAAGAGACAGAUAUGGAGGCAGGGGAAGGGGGGGCUUUGUGAAAACAGUAUCACUGUACUACUCUGCCAAGCUGUGUUGGCUUUGUUUGUCCAUUUGAAUUGUCCAGACAUUUCUUUGUCAUUUACAGCUUGAGGAAGACCUGUGGUGGAAUAAGUGAGAGUGUGGUCAACAGUAAAACUGUAUUUGUGAAUUGCAGACUUUAAGAUGUCUGUCAUGUUGUACGUGUUCCCUCAGCCAAGCUCAAGUAAUGAGGAAAUUGUCAAGAUAUUUCUUUCUUCCUUUUUCACUUUUGAUCUUUUCUUUUUCUCAUUUGGUAUUCAUACAUUCCUCUCCUGUGGCCUGAGUCUCUUAAUCACAUUGAUUCGUUUCCUGGUGUACACUCAAUGAGCUUAAGGCAGCUCAUUUAAACAGUUAAGUUGUUUCAUACAGAAGAGAAUACAACCAGGCUUAUACAUAUAGUGUCUUCCCAUACCAAUCAAAUUUGAUUAUCUUGUCACAAAGGGUUAACAGCUCAUGCUAAAUUGAUAUAGACCACCUCUUUAUCUAGAAUGAAUGUCCUUAGUCACACUGCUCACAAGGCAACUACUCUUUGUCUGGAAACAAAUCAAUUACCCUCAGCCUCCCUUCAGUCUGCAUUUUGCAUCGCAUGCAUUUUGAAGUGUUGACAUGUUGAGGAAAUCCUUUUGAAAAAUGGUGAGGUUUCUUUUUGACUUCUCUUGGGUACUGUAGUACUGUACUGUCAGGAUGUAAAUGAAAUGUGAGGAUAGUUGGUUCUUUUCUGCGUCUAAUGUCAGAUGAUUUUCCAGGUUUUGGUUUUUCGACCACACUUCCACACACACACACACACACACGCCUGCUUUCCUGUUGCCUGCGAUGCCAGGUUAGGAGUUUAUGCAUUGCAGUCAGCAGGGGGCAGGCCAUUUUGAACCGUUUCUGUGGUCUUCUUUCUGCCACUAUCACAGCCUCCCAUCUGUUUUUUGUGUCUUUUUGUAUUUUUUAAAGCCUGGUGGACAAUUCAAACACAAACACAGCACAAGCAUUGAAAUGGAAAAAAAGGAACAAUAAUAAUGUACAAAAAGACAGUAAGAGAAUUUGAAGUAUAGUAUUACAGAUUAAUUUUGUAUUGUAUUUAUUGUGUAUAAUGACACUUUUUAAAAAGAAAUGUACAUUUAGUAAAACUGUAAAUUAAACCUUGCUUCUUUUAUGAAA